CUUAGUUCCUCCGCAAAAGUCUCCGUUACACUGAUAGUAUUUCUUUUCACGGAGAGUUUGGUGUAACUAGGACUGUAGAUAAGUUGGCCAGACACGAGAUAGCGCGACGCCACCACCACCACCACCACCACCACCACAACAACAACAGAAAGACAUGUACCCCUGAAUUCUCCUGCUCAGCUCGUAGGCACUGACCCUCUCGAAUGCAGUUCCUUCUCAACUCUCUCUGGAUGAGAUGCGGUCAACAAUUAUAUUAACCUAGAAUGUAAAUGAUACUGGGUUAUCAUCUGUAUCCGUACACCAUUGGAUCACACGAAGGCAGAAUGUCUCAAAACACUAUAGCCGACAUCAUCACGUACGUUGGUGUUCCCCUUGCGGUACUCGGGGUUCUUCCGACCCUCUACACAUGCAUUAAAUCCCUCCUUAGUCUGCGGAAGAUCCGAAAACAAUUGGAUCGCAAUGGCGUGUCUGCCAUUACGAGGAGUAGCCUGCUCUCGGGCAUCGUGGAAGUGGAGAUUCAACGGCAUAGUAUUACCCCGUUGGAGAGGGCUGACCCUCAAUACUUUGACCCCAACCAGCACCCUUCGUCUUUGGAUGGAGGUUCAUGGACGUUAUUCAAUUGGAGGACGAUGCCAAUUGGCAUGAAGCAAUACAGAUUCCAGUAUCACGAUGAACUCAAACAACCACAGGCAGAAGUGCAAUUCGAAGCACUUAUUGCCUUCCUGCUCGACCAUGGAGCUGUCCCCAGCGUUGCAGGAUUCAACGAUUUGAGGUCAUCCGGCCUGUGGACGCCAGUCGGGACAUCACUGCUCUCAGCGCCUCAUUCGACAGACCCCGUGCUGCAAGUAGCAAAAUCAGACGACUCAGACGGGAUCUUGUCACUUUCGCUCAGGUGGAAUCCUCGAUGGAACAGCAGAGACGCUGACUCUAUCCCGCCUUAUUGGAUUCGUAUUAAAUCUCCCGCAGCACCUUCAAAAAUAGCGAUGAACACCAAAGACGACCAAAAGCAGGCUGAUGUGACUGCUCACGAAAUUGGUAUAGAAGUGCUGCCAGAUGAUGAUGUGAACUAUCCCACCCUGCCAAGUUUCAUAGGGAGGAAUGACACAACUGCGACAGAUAAAACUAUCACCGAAAUCGAGCCUUGUCCUCCGCCUAAUAUCAAGCAGUUAUCGAGCUCAAGUACCACCACAACUCGUUCAUCUCGCCAGAACGCCUAUAGGCUUCGUGUUGGACCUGGAGGGGUUCAAGCUGCCUAUCGCGAAUCCGACCCCGACACCCCUCUUCGCCUUCACCGUUUUCAUGAAACCCAUCGCAACAGUGCCAUUGCCCCGAACAUUUCCGAUGGUGCCAAUCUCUGGUUCUGCUGCGCCAUCACAGCUCUCGCGGCACCUCGCGGAGGCUUGUGGUCCUUUGUCAUCCCUGCAGACAUCCUCGCGCUCUCUCACCGUGAAUCCGUCCCAUGCGGUGUCAUGGUACUACUAGACAUCCUAUCCGAAGACUCGGUUCCCAAAUGGCGCUCCGUGACCGCUGCAGAGGAGGCGGAAGCGGAACGGGACGAGCGGCACCGCGAGUUGGUGGAACAAGGGAGACGGCAGCUGGAGAUUUCCAAAUUGCCAUUUGCGCAGCAGCAGGCAGAGCGACUGAAGGAGAUGGAGAAGCAAUCCUGGAGGUUUCAUGAAAAAUCGAGAGAUAAAAAUUCCAGACAAAUGAAGAGGAAAGUGAAGGAGGUGGAAGAGGCCGUGGGAAGUUGGCGGGUAGGGGUUGGCGUUGUGGUGGAAGGCUGCAGGAAAUGGUUGGUGAAAAGCAUGAAUUUGGAAGACGAGACUUCAGUGGCCGAGGUGGUAGAAACGUGGUUACUGGACAUGGUGGAGAGUGAAGGGUCGGAUGAUGCUGAAACCAACGACAACGGGAUGAAGGUCAGGCCAGACAAAGUAGCAGAAAUGUUGGAAGAAUGGAAGGGGUGGGCCGAGGGGGGAGGCAUGUUGAUACCUCAUUAUGAGAAGGCGAAGGAAGAACAAUGGGCUUUCUGCGUGUCUGCAUGUGUGCUAUUCCUGAUCAAGGAGAUGGCUGGUAUGACAGAGGGCAACGUGGUGUCAGACCUGCAAGAAUGCUUGCGCUUAUGGAAAAAAGUGCGGUUAGGAUAAUGGCUUAGUGUUGCCA